AUGAGGCCCGCCACCACACUAUGGACAGCCGCCUUUGCGGUCAUGUCCCUGCACGGCCCUUUUACCCUCGCGGAGGCUGCGCCCGCACACCCAGACCAGGAUCGGCCCAAGUACUACUUUCCCAGGCAUGUAAAGAGAAAUUACCCCAACAUCACAGCCAUCACACACGAAUCAUCGACAACUCCAGAAAGCACAUCGAGCACAUCUUCGCAAGCCUCCAGCCCAGAUGGUGAAGCAGGGGGUUCGUAUAUGCCGCCCGUACCCGUGAGUCUGCCGGCGAGCUUUUCAUUGACCAGCACUACUUCCUAUGUGCCUCCGCAAAACACCUCGACCACAACCACAUCCUCUUCGACCUCGUCGUCCAGCUCGAGUUUGCCACCCUUGAUUACAUCGCAAAGCGUAGAGACGACCGCUCCACACACGACCACAAAACCGACGAGCACAAAACCGAGCGCUGGCUCUUAUGGAGGAAAGCCCACCGACGAGGUUCAACCGACUCCCCGCCCCUCUUCCGAGUCCAAGACAUCGAGAAUUGCGUCGGAGACAUCUUUUACUUCUGAGCCCAGCGGGGAGCCCACAACCCGCAAGCCUACAACAACUGAGAGCAGCAAAGCCGACACGACGACAACCGACACCUCCGGAACCUCUGGCCCGCUGUCGAUACCAGGAACUGGAACAUCAAAAUCCACAUAUCAACCCAGUGCGAAUGGCAUGCCAACGUCGGUAGUCCAGCCAACUGCGUCUCCUACGUCCACUGACGGGGGAUUGCUUGGUGGACUCCUUGGAACUGGCUCGUCGUCUCCCCAAUUCACGUAUCAGCCAAGUGAAUCUACGGAAUCUUCGUCGUCGUCCCGACAGUUCGUCUACAGCCCGGAGCAGACUGCUGGGACCCCAAAGCGUCCUGGCUCCGCCGGAACCACAGGUGGAGUCUCGGGAGGCGAGAGUGUUUCUCCGACCGCAAGCACCGCAUCCGAUGAGACGUCAUCUUCGACAUCUCGACAGUUCGUCUACAGCCCAGAGGAGACCACCGGGACUUCAAAGCGUCCUGGCUCCGCCGGAUCCACAGGUGGAGUGGUGGGAGGCGAGAGUGUUUCUCCGACCGCGAGCACCGCAUCCGAUGGGACGCCAUCUUCGGCAAAGACAACCAGCUCCAGCCAUCCUCUGCUCGUGGGCCUCUCGACGAUCAUCGAGAACACUGCCAUCCUCACUCCCACCUCCUCCAAGGCACCCGAGUUUACUUACAAGCCAACUGGGACAGACAACUCCACCUCGAGCGAAGCUGGACCGACUGGGACGCGGGAGAGCUCGAGCGGUACGGAACCAGCGUACGCCGCCACUGGUACAUCUCCCACGCUGGGUUUGCCCACGGCGACGCCUCCCGCAAAUACCACAAGCAAUGGAGGAGGGGUGAGCAGCGUCGUGUCUUCUAUGGCCUCUCAGAUCUCGAGCGGGGUGUCUUCGGCGCUGUCAGAGGCAACUGCUACCAACACCACGGCCGGGUUUGGUUUGCCGUUGGCGACCGAUGCAUCCCAGAAAUUGUCCGCGCUCGCUUCAUCUCUCAGCGUUGAGCUCUCCAGCAUUGCUGCCACCGCUUCUGAUUCCCGGGUCUCCAAGUCGCUGGCCUCCGAGUUCUCUGGCAUUCUUUCCAGUGCUGCUUCGUCGUUGGCCGAAGCCACCGCGACCUCGACCAGGCCCUCGGCCGUGAGCGCCACCGCGACCUCAUCCUCCAUCACGGGCACAGAAACCUCGUCUGGUAGCUACACGUCCAGCACUUCCACGGGCACUUCCGGUGUGCCGGUCGUGCCGGUGCCACUUACAACGCCUUCUGGAUCUUUGAGCAUGUCGCAUCCGGGAUCCUCCACCAACGAGACCGAGAUCGCAACAGCGACUACGAGCUCUGGUGUUGCCGGUAUUACGUAUUCGCCUUCCAUUCAUCUGACCACCGGUGCUUCCUUGACGCUCCCCUCAAGCUCAUUGACUAUCAGCUCUUCUAGCUCCACCAACGCGACAGCCGUCAUCAUUCCCAUCAACACCUCCUCCGGAAUCAAGACCCAGGAGAGCUCGACCGAGUCUGCCACGUCGAGGGAAAUGACCUUGACGCAUGAGCCAACAUCCACCGUGGAGGCAACCACCACGUCGAGCACGCCGAAGACCGCCGCUGAGACCACGACAGCCGCCCCGACCACGACAGCCGCUCCUACCACUUCCAAGGCUCCACACUCGAUUGAGCCGACUGGCAGUGACUCGGCUACGGUAUUCGUUGUCCCGACCUCGCUCGUGUAUGCUCCAGCUACCACAGCCACUCCCACCGCGACGGAAUCCGAAUCCAGUGGUAGCGUGUCGGUGGACAGCACCCCUACCUCGGUGGCUACCGGUCUGCCAACAUACAUGCCUCGUUUCGUCCAGCCGCCCAAUGGCAUGCCAACGCCGCCUGCCAACUCUACCCUCAUCCAGGUCGGUUUCAACUAUGGCCUCAACUGGCCUUUCGUCAUCGGUACGGACACCUCUGCCAGUCAGAUCUUCACCUACCUCCCCAUGGGCAUUGCGAAUGGUCUUGGUAUCAAGGUGGAGCAAUGCAAGAUGGCUGGUCUGAUGCCAUACGACACCACCGCUACCCUGAACUACAUCACCACUCUUGCUCAGGCCUACAUUCCCUCCACCCUGGUCGACCAAUUGCAGCUUGAUCUGAAGACGCCCGUCUCGCCAGUGUACAAGAACGCGAACCCCGCGGUCCAUAUGCUCAUGUCCAUGAUCAACCCGACCAUCCCCAUUCUCCCUGGUGCGAACAUGGAAGACUCUUCUCGGUCCAAGUCUGGCAACAGCAACCCACAGGCUACCGAGGCAGGCAAGGGCUCCGGUGGCGCGCCCAUUGGCGGCGACUCCGGUGCAUCUCAAUCCGUCAAGGGUACGUCGGUCGGCAUUGGUGUCGGUGCCGUUUGUGGUGCUGCCGUCUACGCGGCUGCCAUGAUCUACGUCGCACGUCGUUAUCGCAAGAAGCGCGCAUCCCAUCAGCGCACCAGCUCCGUCCCCACCACUGGCGAGAUGACUCAGAGGUCACCCGGUGUCCUUUCCGGAGGAGGCAUGGGCAGCUAUUUCAUGUCGGGCGCCAACGGUCGUGGGUCGGGCAUGACGAACGGAAGGAGCAGCGGAGGCAGAAACAGCGACGGCACCGCCGGAAGCAGUAACAACGGCCGCAGCGUACGAGACCAAGGCAUCAGCGCGCCCAUCAUGGCGGAGAAUAGCUUGGGAUGGACUUGA